AAAUUUAGGUUGAAAAAACAUGGAAAACACAAGGGAGGAGAAUGCGGUGCCGAGAGUUGCUGUAGUGGUGUGCCUGUUGAAAGGGAAGACGGUGCUGUUAGGACGGCGUCGUUCCUCUCUUGGCGACUCUACCUUUUCCCUCCCUGGUGGCCACCUCGAGUUUGGUGAGAGUUUUGAGGAGUGUGCAGCGAGAGAAGUGAAGGAAGAAACUGGAUUGGACAUGGAGAAGGAGAAGAUAGAGUUGCUGAGGGUCACAAACAACUUGUUCGUAGAGGAAGUGAAGGCAUACCACUACGUGGGGAUUUUCAUGAGAGCGAUGCUGACAGAUGACGAUCAUCGGGAGCCCCAAAAUGUGGAGCCCAACAUGUGUGACGGUUGGGAUUGGUAUGAGUGGGACUGCCUCCCACAACCACUGUUUUGGCCUUUGCAGAAUGCAGUGGAGGCCGGAUUUAAUCCUUUUCAUGCAUCACCAUGA